AUGCCUGAGCCAGCAAAGUCCGCGCCCAAGAAGGGCUCCAAGAAAGCCGUCACCAAAGCCCCCGGAAAAGGCAAAGGGAAGCGCAGGAAGAAGAGGACAGAGAGCUACGCCAUCUACGUGUACAAGGUACUGAAGCAGGUCCACCCCGACACCGGCAUCUCGUCCAAGGCCAUGAGCAUCAUGAACUCCUUCGUCAACGACAUCUUCGAGCGCAUCGCCUCCGAGGCGUCUCGUCUGGCUCUCUACAACAAGAGACGCACCAUCUCUUCCAGGGAGAUCCAGACCGCCGUCCGCCUCCUGCUGCCGGGUGAGCUGGCCAAGCACGCCGUGUCUGAGGGCACCAAGGCCGUCACCAAGUACACCAGCUCCAAGUAAAACACUCUCAACGGAUGAAUGAUCCUCCCCUCAGACCUUGGGUAGCAAUAGCGAAAGAUGGUCAGAUCCUGUGCUGCCACUGUACCUGCAUGGCUGGAUUGGGUGAAACAUGUUCACAUUCAGCAGCAUCCCUGUUCGCCCUGGAGACUUUCCUGGUAUUUAUUACAGAAAAAAUAUGGAUGCAACAUCACUACUCAAAUGGUACAAUUGGGUCGGAUAAAUUUGUAAGUGCGCAUGACACUUGUACAAUUGUAUCUAAUGUUGUGAAACCACUGUCAU